AUGAUGACUGCGACUCUGAACGGGACGUUCAACUCGGCCCCUGACACACCUUCCUCCGUCUAUCCCGAUCGUCUGAUUCGUCCUCUCCCUAAACGGACCCUGCGCUCCCGCCUGUCUACCGACGCUGCCGACACGAUUCUCUACCCGCCAACUCCCCCAGCAUCACAGAUCUUUUACGGAGUGUCUGGGGACUCAGAAGAGGCGGUGAACGACUCCAAGGUCUACGUUCAGCAGACUAUCGAGUCGGAUCGACACGAGCUAACCCCCGAGGCUGAUUCCCACCACGGCUUUGAGACAACCGUUGAGCUAGAAAGUGGAGAUGAAGACGCGCCAGUCGUAGUACGUCGCAGUGCAGGAUUUCGGGGUUCCUUGUCGCCGGUUUCUAGCCUACACCCAGGAUCUGGGAAAGGCGGUGUCUCAAAAUCAUCGGCGGGUCCUGACGGUUAUGACGCAUUCGAAAACACGAAUAAUAAGAAGAAGCGAAAAAUCCCCACGCCUGGCAACAUGCCUGGUCACCAUUCGGCCUUAUCACCGGAGUUUGCCAACAUGGGGUUGGCCAACCCCGCUCCAACAGUGGCCGGUGAUGGGAUGGGUCCUGGAACGUACUAUGGGAAUGGGAACCCAGCUUCUCCAUUGGCCAGUGGGAUCUCUGGCUCGGGCAGAGGACGUCUUGGGCGCAGUUCUCCCCGCAAUAGCAGCGGACGGAACCCGCUGUCUGCGAAUGCUCAGAACGCAUGGAUGAACACUCGGACCCCGAGUCGGCGGGAUGGGCUGAUGUCAUCCCCUGGGCCAUCUGGUGACUCAUCCGAUCAAGGAAUUAUUUCCACGGCCAUCGCAAAUGCCGCUACCCUCACCUCACCCACCCGAGGUCCUAGCAAUGUUAGCUUGCUGGAGCAGGAAAAUACUACGCCGACCAAGACACAAUUCACCUUCACAUGCGAGUCUGAUUCGUCCAAAGGCAUGGCUAUGCAGCGAAGUUCAUAUUCGGUCCCUCAUCGUUCGCCCACUUCCCCUCUUGCUGCUACCACUGGAAACUCUCGAGGGUUCUCCACACAAGGUACACAGACAAGCCCUAAUAUCAAUCAACAAAUACCACCCGGAUCGCAUGCACCCGUGUCAGAUCAGUCUCCUGUCACUCGCAAAAAGAAGCGAUCUCCCGGUAGCGUCUACGCUAUGGCUGCACGACAGCGAAAAAUUCAGCAGCAAUACACCAACAUUCAUCAUCCUCCAAGCUUGGAAGACAUUUGGAUUUGCGAAUUUUGUGAAUAUGAGAGCAUCUUUGGCCGCCCGCCUGAGGCACUGAUACGACAAUAUGAGAUCAAGGACCGGAAGGAGCGAAAGCGACUUGCUGAGAAGAAGCGUCUUUUGGAGAAGGCCAAGAUGAAGGGCCGCAAGACAAAGAAGGCAUCAAAGAAUGCGGCAAAGAAUGCCUCAGGCCACCAAAGCUACGACCGCGCCUCGGUCGAUCACUCCUCUGCGACUGGAUCGGGGCUUCAUGAUGACGAUUACCUGGGUCAUGAGUAUGACGAGGAACCAGAGCUCCCGACACCUAAUCCUGAAUCACCCACCGAAUUGAAACCCCCUCUGCCGCCUGGCAAUCACCCCAAGUUAGCAACAGCGGGGGCUGCCAAGGGUCCUGCAGACGCCGGAACCAUGCGGCCACCUUGA